AUGUGUGUGGACGAAGUGGUUGGGGCUGAAGUGAACGUUAUCCUGGAUAUCUACGAAGACUCUUCCCGUCCCUUUUUGUCGGUUCAGACGCCGUACGUCUUUGUCAAAUUCACAUAUCCGGCACACGACCGUUUCAACUUCACAAAUAUAGUGCCAAAAUGCACAACGACAACCCCGCCGUCUGGCUUCGAGGGGUGUAGCAGGAAGAGGAGUCGUCCGUUUUCUGAAUACGAUGAUUACGAACGACCUGAAAAGCGACGACGGUUACGGCUCCAGGUUGCCUUCUCAGCUCUAAGUUCGCCAUAUUCAUACCCUCCUGCGAAGAAAGGGUUUCCCAGUCGGCAAAAUGCUGUCGGCCGACCUGGGUUUCAAGUUCUAGGGAAGGGUAAAUUGCCAAAGAUGAAGGGAGAUUUAAUCAGAAAAACGGCGAUAUUGAAUAAAAUUCGUCGGGACGGUUUGUUUCGGGACCAGGAGCUACAGAAGUCCGCCGAAGACAAGAAGGAGGAUAUCCUAAGACAACAUCGUAUGCAGUUUGAAGGUUAUCAUGCCGACCCGCUUCACAACCCACCCCCCUCCGCGGAAAUACUUGAGGAACGGUGGGAGGCCGACGACAUCCCCAGAUACGAAGAAGAACAGUACGAAGAGGAAGAGGAUUUUCCAUGGCAGUUCUUCCAGUAA